UUUUCAGUCAAACCUGGAUGAGCAGCAGGUUUCGAGCUCUGAUGUCCUCCGUGUGUCAGGCUGCUAUCAUUUGCGAAACUCUGUAUCAAGUUGACUCUAAAGAGAUUUCCCAGAGGGCCAAGCUGCUACAGCGCUACAUUAAGGAUGAGCAGAAGGAGCUGCAGGCACUCUAUGCAUUACAGAGCCUCAUGGUGCAGAUGGAGCAGCCGUCAAACUUAUUGCGGAUGUUUUUAGACAUACUCUACGAUGAGGACAUCAUUAAGGAUGAUGGAUUCUACAAGUGGGAGUCAAGCAAAGAUCCAGCUGAGCAAGCAGCAAAAUCAGUCACCGCCUUUUUUACUUGGCUCCGUGAAGUUGAGGACAAAUCAGACAACAGCUUAACAGCAAUGGCUCCUUUCACACUUUUCCACUCUUCUGGGAGUUGAAACAAGAUGCAAUUUUAAGCAUGUAUGAAAAUUAGAAUUUCAGAUUUUAUGCUUCCUGAUAGCUCUGUGUGAUGCAUAGAUAUAUACACUAGAUGCUGCCUUGGCUACGGCAGUACAUUGGAACAAAUGCGUCAACAGAGCCGCCAUCUCGGUACAGGGGACCCCCUCCUCUUAAUGCAUCAGCGUCAAUGUAGGCAAAGAAAUAGCAUCACCAUAAAUCGUCAUGAAUGCGAUUUCUAGUUUUUUUUUGGUUCGCUCCAAAGGUCAGACAUGUAUUUAUCAUUAGGUCCAGAGAAAAUUUAAGGUUUUGAUAUUAAGAUAAUCUACUUUUUCAAAAUAUAAUGCAUAGUGCUAGUAGGUCUAAGUUUAUUACAUACAUUCUUCCAGUUGAGUAAACUUCAAAUGAACA